AUGUCCACCACUAACACCACUGGCGCCGCCGCAAGUGGCAGCGCUAUUGGUCGCAUGUUCCGACGUUACAGCCAGAACGGCAACAGUCGUGCAGAGUCGCAGCGUCCUUCCACCCGAGAGCGCGAUUCCUUCAACAUGCCUCGCAACACCAGCUCGCCCGCUCUCGACAGAGACACCAACAGUCCCGUCCGUGUUUCUCUUUCCACCAACAACCCAUCAGCACCCUCUCCCUCCAUCGCUCGCUCCGCCUCGCACACUGCCAACCUCUCCACACCACUCUCAACCGACACCCCUGCUGCCAUCGUCGCCUCUCGCACUCUCCCACACAUCUCCUCCGCCUCGUCAGCAACUUCGCCAGUCUCAUACCCCUCCGUCACCGCCGCUACCACAAGCGCAUCUUUGCUCCAAGACGCUAACAGUUCAUCUCGAAAUGUUCAGACACUCCCCGACGCCUCUUAUACCGACCCAGCUGCUACCGCUACCGCUUCUGCUGCCUCCGGUACCCCAUCCACUACGCGUCCGCUCAACGCCAUGCACCGCAUCCGCCUCGUGCCGCAUCUCGAGGCCACCCGAUCGCUUCACUUUGAACCCAUUGAACGCGAUCUCAAGGAAGGCGAAAGUGCCGUCAAAGUAGGACGUUUCACCGAUCGACAACCUUCGCACCGCGAUCCUGUGCUAGCCGCCCUGACCGGCGUCGUCAAUCAAGCCACUAUGUCCGGCGACGUUGGUUCAUCGGCUGCGCCUCUCCAGUCGAGUCGCGGUCAGCCCGGUGCACGAGGCGGAGCAAUCCCCAUCAGCGGAAGCCAUGGUGGUGGCGGUCGCAUCGAUUCUUCCCGCAUCGCUUUCAAGAGCAAGGUCGUCAGCCGAGGUCAUGCAGAGAUCUGGUGUGAACCAGGCGGCAAAUUUUUCAUCCGAGACACAAAGUCGUCCUCAGGAACUUUUCUCAACCACAUUCGCCUCUCGGGACCUAACCUUGAAUCCAAACCUUUCGCCAUCAAGGACGGAGACGUGGUUCAGCUCGGUGUCGAUUAUCAGGGAGGCACCGAAGAAAUCUAUCGCUGUGUCAAGAUGCGCGUCGAACUCAACCGCGGCUGGCAGCGCGAGGCCAACCAGUACAACGUAAAUGCCUUCCGUCAGCUCCGUGCUUUGCAAGGCAAUCCACUCUCGCCGCCCAACGACGACAAACCUAGCGGCGCUUCCGCUGCACUGCCCACCAACCGACAGAGUGUCAGCGUGACCGACUGCUGCAUCUGCCUCUUUUCCGUCACUGUCUGUCAGGCCUUGUUCAUUGCUCCCUGCUCGCACGUCUUUCACUACAAGUGCAUCCGACCUCUGCUCAACUUGCACCAUCCCGGUUUCUCCUGCCCGCUCUGCCGCACGUUUGCCGAUCUGGACGCAGAUGUCGAAGAGGAUGAGGCCUGGCAGGAAGCGCUCGAGCAGGAAGCCGCCGCCGCAGAAGCACGUCUGGCGCAGGGCAAGCAACCGCUCGAGGUGGGCACACCCGCUGUGGAGCUCGAUGCCCCCAUUGCUGCUGCCCUGCCUCCCACAUUGACCACCGCUCUUCUCAACGCAGCGACGACCGAUGCGCCUCGUUCAUCAACGCUCGUUGCCAAUGCUGCUAUAGCCUCGAGACCAUCGCUGGGCACAUCUGCGUCUCCAUUGCUUGCAGAUCUGCAUGCUGGGCAUGCUGGGCAUGCUGCUCCACCCAGGGGAACUGCCGCCUUGAGCCGACGCAAAAAUGACUGGGCACGCCCCGAUACCGCCGUUGGCUCAAGUGCUGGUCCUUUGGCUGCCGACGAGACGUUUGCUGCUGGCGACGCUGCUGCAGACACUGCCGGUCUGUCGGCAGAAUUAGGCGAGAUGGUGGUCACCGAUCGACUCCUGAAUGAGCAAGCGACUACGUCUGCCAAUCCCGCUUCUUCGCUCCACCGAACCGUACAUGGCGCCAGCGAGAUGGGAUCGCCCAUACGCCGAGGUUCAGGACCCAUCACGAUCAGUGGCAGCGACCGUCCUGUGCACGCUCAGAGAGCGAUAUCAGCGUCAUCUGCUCUGGCUGGACCCGCCGCACUGGGCAGCCCAGAAGAUGGUUGGCCCAGCGUCGGCGCAGUCGGUGGCUUCUCACCCGGCCUCGACGAAUCUGGAACACCGCUCAAUCACACCUUUCUAAGCACGCUCGCCGAGGCGCCGCACGUCACAGCCACCAACCACCCUUCUCCCUCAUCUGUGCGGGAUUUUUCGCCAGGCCGAUCGGCACCGGCCCAGACACUAGUGCCGGCCAUCGUUCCAGCAGGAACGAGCCGACUACGACUCGGUGAGAACGAGGUGAAUGAUAUACAUACGGCUGAAGCCGUCGCUGGACGCAACAAGCGGUCCAGUGGCGAUGGAGGCGAGGAUGUGGAUACGGCAGAGGAAGAGAUCGGAGGUACGACGGGUAUCGGUGGUGCCACGUUUGGCAAUUUGAGUGGCGCAAGCCAUUCCAAGGGCAAGGCAAAACACGACGGUCCAUCCUUGACGUUUGCCACCGACGUCCAGCAGCAGGAUUUGGUCAAGGCUGGAGACAGCUCGGUAAACUUGCCGUACAAGCUUGUGGGCCAAGCGCCGCCAGCGUCUGCCAUCGUUAGCGCCAAGUCCAACGGCAGCCGCGCUUACAGUCGCGGCCGCAGCCGAAGCCGGACGGGGAGGGAUACGAUGCAGAGCGAUUCCGAUGAUCAGGAAGCAGCGCCUUUCCAGACGUACGAGCUUCCUCCUGUUCCGCGAACCGGUCCGAACCUCAACGCCAGCGCGUACAUGUCCUACCAACAACACCACAACACCAGCGCUCACAUGCAGCAUAGCAGUGCGGAUGCAGGUAGGCAAGCCGGUACAGGCAACGCGCAUGGGGAAAGUGCACCGUCCCCUACUUCGCCCGCCUCAGAAAGCAAAAUGGCACGAUUCAAGAGGCGCAUCUCACAUGCAAUGUGA